CAUUUAUGCCUUUGGGUGUUGCAGUCUCCAUACCCUUGAAAAGGAAGAAAAGUAUUUUUAUAUUUUCUCUGCUUCUCUCUGUUUUUCUCAUAAGCUGAUGUUGAGGUUCUAAAGAGUUGGAGAUAUCCCCCCCCCAAAAAAAGAAAGAAAAACUAAAGAGAUGGGUUCAUGUGCAUCGCUGCAUAAGAGCUCUCAAGAGUCAGCCAUAAAAGUUGGACUCUCUUUUGGGUCUAAAACAGACAAUCUCAUCUUCCCACCUUCGUCUGCUAAGGAGAAACCCGAUGCUGCCAAUGGUGAUUCCACUCCCAAAUCCCAAUCUUUCUUUACUUUCAAAAUUUUAUGUAGUAAAGAUGAAACUUUUUUCGACUCCCGAGCAUACCUGGAUUCAGAUUGUGAUGACGAUUUCUUCAGUGUCAAUGGUGAUUUCACUCCAUCUCGUGGUAAUACCCCCGUUCAUCAUAAUAGCUUCUCUGCCGGGGCACCUAGAAUUUUCAAGGCCACUGAGGAAGGAUCUCCCGGUUCAGCUUCGGAAAUAUCACCAGGAAAGAAAAACAAGCUAGCCGAUCUAUUCCGUGACAACAUUAAAGAAGAUCACGAUGUCAAUGAGCUGAAUACCUCGAUCAACCAGGACACUCCCAACGGAAAGCUAAAAGUCAAACCAACAAUCCAAGACAUACUACCUCCGAAAUCCGCCGAUGGCACUCCUCGUGUCUCUCGGGCUAACUCUCGGUGCAGUAGUGAAAGGACUGCGAAUGGAGAACCUCUUAGGUCCACGCAAUGUUGCUUUCCUAGCUUGGUUUCGUGCGGUAGCUUUAAUGAGAGGAAGAAGAAAAUGAACCCUGCAAUGGACGUAAAUUAUAAGCCUUAAUUACCAUCGAUAUCCCUACACUUAGGUUGAAGUAGCCUGGAACUCGAGUCCCAGAGAUCGUACUCGCAAGAUAACAUGAAAGUUUUGUUGGAUUUAACAAAGCCUUGGGGAAUCAUUGUUACUUAUUGGAUUUUCAGAUUCAAUGCUAUGUAAAAAGCAUUACAGUAAAUACAUGGCUUACGAAAAGUAUUAUAUAU